AUGUCAACAAGUAAAACAAAAAAGGAUGAAGAUUUUAAAGAAUUAAGAAAUAAUGUUUAUACACUUUUUUAUUACAGUAAUAAACCAUAUUUUCUUAAUGAAUUAGUAUUACAAUUUAAAGGAUAUAAAAAAACUAUAAUUGAAAAAAUAAUUACUGAUUUAGAAAACAAAGGUCUAAUUACUAUUAAGCUUAACAAUAAAACUAAAAUAUUCCAUUUAAAUCAGAGUAAUUUAAAGUAUGAAAAAUCUGAAGAAGAAUAUAAAGCUGAAUAUGAAACUAAAUUAGUAGAACUUAAAGAAUUGAAAUCUUUAAAUUCUACACUCAAUUCAAAAGUAACUAGUUUUAAAAACAUGCUUACUAAUGAAGAAAUGGAAGAGAAGAUAAAAUAUUUUAAAGAGUUUUUAUUGGAAAAUAAGAAUAUUAAAGAAGGUGUUAAUGAGGAAAUUUUUAAUAAAACUGUAAAUAAUUUAAAGAAAAUAAACCAAAUUGAACUCAAGAGGAAAAGAAUAUUUAAUGAGAUAGUUAAUGGUGUUUCUGAGGGAAUGAAUAUGAAGAAAAAAGAGUUUUUAGAUAAAGUAUGA